CCUCUCUCCUUACAGUUGUCAAAGUGCUUUUGCCAGAGCGGUCACAUAAUCAACCUGAAAGAAGAAAAUAAAUACUGUACACUUUAAAAUUUUAUCGAUCCUUAAAAACUGGACACUCAAAGCUGCGCAAACCAUGCAGGAUGAUUUACUGAUGGACAAAAGCAAAACCCAGCCCCAGCCCCAGCAGCAGCGGCAGCAGCAGCAACCCCAGCCCGAGCCCAGCGCAGCCGAAGCCCCGUCCACGCCCCUCUCCUCAGAGACCCCCAAGCCAGAGGACAGCAGCGCAGUGCCGGCUCUCAGCGCCGCCGCGGCCCCGCAGGCCCCCAACGGCCCGGACAAGAUGCAGAUGGAAUCGCCGCUCCUGCCAGGCUUGAGUUUCCACCAGCCCCCUCAGCAGCCGCCGCAGGAGCCCGCGGCACCGGGCGCGUCACUGUCGCCGUCCUUCGGCAGCACCUGGUCCACGGCCACCACGAACGCGGUGGAAGACAGCUUCUUCCAGGGGAUCACCCCAGUCAACGGGACCAUGCUCUUCCAGAACUUCCCGCACCACGUCAACCCCGUCUUCGGAGGCACCUUCUCCCCGCAGAUCGGCCUGGCGCAGACCCAGCACCACCAGCAGCCGCCGCCGCCGCCCGCGCCGCAGCCGGCGCAGCCCGCGCAGCCCCCGCAGCCCCAGCCUCCGCAGCAGCGCCGGUCGCCCGCCAGCCCCAGCCAGGCGCCCUAUGCUCAGAGGAGCGCCGCUGCGGCGUACGGCCACCAGCCCAUCAUGACCAGCAAGCCGUCCUCGUCCUCGGCUGCCGCGGCCGCCGCGGCUGCGGCCGCCGCCUCCUCCGCUUCGUCCAGCUGGAACACGCACCAGAGCGUGAACGCUGCCUGGAGCGCGCCAUCCAACCCGUGGGGCGGCCUGCAGGCGGGCCGGGACCCUCGCCGGGCGGUCGGUGUGGGCGUGGGCGUGGGCGUCGGGGUGCCCUCGCCACUCAACCCCAUCUCACCACUCAAAAAGCCCUUCUCCAGCAACGUGAUCGCGCCACCCAAGUUCCCCCGUGCAGCCCCGCUCACCUCCAAGUCCUGGAUGGAGGACAACGCUUUCCGUACCGAUAAUGGUAACAAUCUGUUGCCAUUCCAGGACCGGAGUAGGCCCUAUGACACUUUUAACUUGCACUCGUUGGAGAACUCUUUAAUGGAUAUGAUAAGGACUGAUCAUGAGCCUCUGAAAGGUAAACACUACCCUCCCAGUGGCCCACCAAUGAGUUUCGCUGAUAUAAUGUGGAGGAAUCAUUUUGCAGGACGCAUGGGAAUAAAUUUCCAUCAUCCAGGAACAGAUAAUAUUAUGGCACUUAACACCAGGAGCUAUGGGCGAAGACGAGGUCGGUCUUCUCUCUUUCCCUUUGAAGAUGCCUUCCUGGACGACAGUCAUGGUGAUCAGUCCUUGUCAUCGGGCCUAAGUUCUCCCACGCGCUGUCAAAAUGGGGAACGGGUGGAACGCUACUCCAGGAAGGUGUUUGUUGGAGGCCUUCCUCCUGAUAUCGAUGAAGAUGAGAUCACUGCCAGUUUUCGCAGGUUUGGACCUCUCGUGGUAGACUGGCCUCAUAAAGCUGAAAGCAAGUCCUAUUUUCCUCCUAAAGGCUAUGCCUUUCUGCUGUUCCAGGAGGAGAGUUCAGUACAAGCUUUGAUAGAUGCCUGCCUCGAAGAAGAUGGAAAACUGUACCUGUGUGUGUCGAGCCCCACCAUCAAGGAUAAACCGGUGCAAAUUCGACCAUGGAACCUAAGUGACAGUGACUUUGUAAUGGAUGGUUCUCAGCCUUUGGACCCCAGAAAAACUAUCUUUGUUGGGGGAGUUCCACGACCCCUUCGAGCUGUUGAACUGGCAAUGAUCAUGGACCGUUUGUAUGGUGGAGUCUGCUACGCUGGGAUCGACACAGACCCAGAGCUGAAGUACCCCAAAGGUGCUGGCCGGGUGGCGUUCUCCAAUCAGCAGAGCUACAUUGCAGCUAUCAGUGCUCGCUUUGUGCAGCUCCAACACAAUGACAUUGACAAACGGGUGGAAGUGAAGCCAUAUGUGCUGGAUGAUCAGAUGUGUGACGAGUGCCAGGGCACACGCUGUGGUGGGAAGUUUGCCCCAUUCUUCUGUGCCAACGUCACCUGUCUGCAGUAUUACUGCGAAUAUUGCUGGGCGAGCAUCCAUUCCCGUGCCGGUCGGGAGUUUCACAAACCGCUGGUGAAGGAGGGAGGCGAUCGUCCUCGCCACGUCCCGUUCCGCUGGAGCUGAGCGCAGAGCAGACCCAGCCACAAGUACUGGAGUAGACAACAAGGAAGGAAAAGAGAGGGCACUGCCUCCGGGCUUUACAGUGUUCUGGAAAUCUGUGCAUUCGUUCUCAAUUUUUAAAGAAGAAAUGGGUCUUUUUAUUAUUAUUAUUAUUAUUAUUUACAGUCAUAUUACUGAACUCAGUGUCCAGUAUAAUGCAGAACUGCAGAGUGUAUAACGGUACUGAUUUGCACUUUGAUUCAAACCUUUGUCUGCUUGAUACCUUAAUUUCUUACACCUGACUUGUCACUAGUGACAGUUUGUAGACCGCCAUUCUCAUCAGCGGCCAUCAGGUUGAUGUCUGUGAUUUUUGUUUGUUUGUUUGUUUAUUUGUUGUGUUGUUCUGACUGUUUCUGAACUGGCGCAUGCACUUAUUUUCAGAAGCAUAGAGAGUUGCCGCUAGGAGAAGACUUACCAAAGGUAAUACUCGAGAGUAGGUGGCAGAUGUAGCAAAAACUUUACAACAAUUCAGCAAUCAUUAGUUGGAGUCAUUUAGAGUAAGAAUAACCCUUACUCCCUUACUGAAAAUAAUCCCUAGUUGCUGUGUUUUGACUUGUCAGGGUACCUCAUGAGCUGCAUCUUUAUUUUUCCUUCACGUUGGUUUUUGAUUUGCUGAGGAUGUUGGUUAGAUCUUUUAGUGUUAUGUGAAUUUAUGCUGCAAUAGCUUUUGCUGCUAUUAAAAUGGUAUUAUUAAUACCAUAAUCCUUAUUCAGGCUAAGGUAUCAAUUGAAAAAAAAUCCAACAACACACUUCUGUGACUGAGGGUCCGAGUCAGCUACCGGAAGGAGAGCAGAACAGACCUCAGAAAGCUUCAGCGGAAGGUCAAUAUUCCUGACUGCAUGUUUACUUAAUCAGGUUGCUGCAUGCAAUAAAUUUUAUAUCCACUGUCUAGUAUAAAACCUUCCCACAAUGCACAAAUUAAGAAUCUAUAUAAGCUAUAUAAGCUAUAAAAUACUCAUUUUUUAAAAAAAAUUUUUUUCAUUCAAAAAUUGGUAAUUGACUGGAGGAAGGCAUGCCUCAGUAAAUGGAAUGCUUCUGACAUUAGGAAGAGCCCAUAACAGAAUGACCUCUGUUACAACCAAUAUACAACCUAGGUGUAGGGUAUUCUUAAAGCAAAAUUGUGGAUGGUAGAUUUAAGUACUUUGCGGUGCUCUGUUAUAUAGUGUGCAAUUUAUUUUAUAUAGUAAAGUGAUUAUGUCUAACUGUGAUCAAAUAACUGUUUAAAAGCCUCUGUGUCAGACAUUGACAAAUUUGACAGUUCAUAACUGGUAUCUUACUAACACAUGAGCUCUUAGUUACAAUCUCCUAGUGCUUGCACCAUUUUACAUAGCUUCAGACCUUGUCCAGAAAACCAAAGAGCUCAUCUUAGCUUACAAACACUAGGAAUAUGUACAGUAUCUAGAGAUCAGUUGUCAGAUUGACAAACUAGGCACAUUUUAAAGAACGUUGGGAAAUGGUGAUGCUAAAGAAAUGUCUGUGCACAGUAAGGUGAUCUGGGCAGAGUUGGUUGUCUGGGUGUGAAAUUAACUACUUACUUAAUCCCCUGGAUUUAUCCUGUAAAGCUUGAAUAGAAUUAAGACCUGCUAGCACUACCGUGGACAUUUUUUAGCAUUCACUCUUGGGCUACAGAUAGUAAUAUAUAACACACACAGUGGUUGUGAGACUAUGUAAAUCUCUUUUUACCUGCUUCCUCUGGUUUGGAAUUCUGGGGACAAUCUGACUGGGUGCGACACUGCAGACUAGAUUUCCAGUGCUGUUUCAUGUGCUGUGAUGUCCCGGUUCUGUCUUAAGUUACACUUGCUGGCCUUUGUUUAGUUUUGUCUCUCCACUGUUUCGUUGCAAUCGCCAGUUCUCAAACUAUAGUUUGUUUUCAAAAAGGAAAAACAAAAUAGUUUUUUACUGGAUUAAAAAAAAAUGCUUCUCAGAAUUCUCCCCGUUUGCGGUUCUCCGGGCCUUCUGGUGUUACCGCCUCACGCGGCCCACGCGCGGUGCUUCUGCUCGUUCCUUUUGUCCGUGUCUGUGGUUUCUUCUUCGGUGUGAGAGAUUUUGUUCUGCACGGCUACUUUUUGUAUUCUAGACAGUUUUCAAAAGUUGGCUGAAGAUUAUUGUUUGUUUGUUUUUAAGGAAAAAGGCAUGCUUUCUGACUGACAUGAUCUUUUGCAAUACCUCAAUUUUGAAAUAUAGGAAAGAAAAUGAUAUUUUCUAAGUAAGUUUAUUCAGAAAAAUAUAUAUUAAUUUAAUUCUGCAAGAAAAAUGAUUUAACAGAUGGGUAACUUUAUUUUUUUCAUGCUUAUUUGUGUUUUUUGAAAAUGAAGUUAGAGCUUUAUAACUAUAAUAUUAAAGAUCAUAUCUAACCUACAGAAAUCUACCUAAUUAUGUGAAAGAAGCAAAACUUUUUGAAGAAGCACCCCUCUUUCAUGUAUUAAAAUAAUACGGAGAGAUUUUUAAAAAGCUGGAAGAUUAUACAGAAUAAAGCUAAAGUACAGGUGAAAGCAACAACAACAACAUUGUCAUGAAGAAUAGGUUACACAAACUAACUCCAUUUGGUGCUGAAAGUUGUGAAUAGAUGGUGGAAACUACUUUCCCUUAAUUUGUAUAUUUAUAAUCAAGCGUUGAUUGUGCACGACUGACCAGGAUUGUGAAAGAGUUCUUCUGUUUGUAUUUUUUUAAAGAGAACUUUUUUAGUUUAUUAAAUUAUAACAUGUUCCCUUUUGUUUUGUAAAUAAA